UUCAGCAAUUUGGGCCAGGCAACCCUGGCCAGGGAGCAGCAGCCAGUGUUGAGUGUUUGGUGUGGCCGGCGCCCGGGGCUCCUCGCCCCACACCUAUAUCACACACCCUCCUUCUGAUCACCUUACAUCUUUGGACACAUCUUUGGACCCGCCUCCAAAUCAGUUGAAGUAGUAAUAUUUAGUGAAUAAUUUCAAACGAUGGAUGGUGUGGUCAAUAAGUGUCAAGUGUGCACUGAAGCUGUCUCCAAGUACAAGUGUCCCAAGUGCAGAGUGAAAUAUUACACACUUAAUACUGUAUAUGUAUUCUUCAUUAAUAUAGGUAGUUCCAGUGUCCUUAAAACUCUGCUGAAAAAUUGCCAUUUAAGAGAGAUGAUUAAGGAAGUGGAUAGUGCACACAAGACUGACGUUGUCAUUCAGAGGGCUAUGAUGGAGCCCAUUUUCACAGAGUUUGUUGAUGUUUGCCUGAGCAUUGCAGACCCAGUUAAAGAUGAAGAGCUUGAGUCAGAUGAAGAUAUGUGAUUGUAUGAUUUAUAAAUGAUAAAUUGUAAAAAUAU